GAGAACGUCGGAUCAACGUCUUGGGAGCGACGUUGAAGGAGAAGGAACGACCAACGGCGGAAAGUUUCUUCGCAUCGGAGUAGUGAUAGCCUCCGGAUCGAGUUCGUGGAUCGAGAUCGACCUGAUCCAGAAAGUGCCGUAAGUUCCUUUGGGAGAACGGAGGACGAAACAGAGAGCAACAGAGAGGAAGCAAGCAGCCACAGAUAGAGGAGAAAGAGAGAGGAAAAGAGAGAAAGAUAGAAAGAGGUGGAAAGAGCUGGGCUGCAAGCGGCGGCGGUGGCGGCAGCGGCGACGGAGAGCAGUGGAAGAGCGGGGUGAACCGGAACCGGAAAUGGCUGCGAGGUGGCUGCUGCUGCUACUGGCGCUUCUCGCCACCCACGCCGCGGCUCUUCCUGAUUUCAUUAGGAUAGGCGGGCUGUUUCAUCCGUCGGACGACAAGCAGGAAGUGGCCUUUCGCUACGCCGCGGAGAAGAUCAACGCCAACCGGGACAUCCUACCCAAGUCUCGACUCAGUGCCCAGGUCGAGGUGAUACAGCCGCAAGAUAGCUUCCACGCAUCCAAACGAGUGUGCCAUUUAUUGCGGGGUGGCGUGGCGGCGAUUUUUGGACCGCAGAACGCGCAAACGGCGUCUCACGUGCAGAGCAUUUGUGACACCAUGGAAAUUCCGCAUUUGGAGACUCGCUGGGACUGGCGGCAGAGACGGCAGAGCUGCCUCGUCAACCUCUACCCUCAUCCCACCACUUUAUCCAAGGCGUACGUCGAUCUGGUGAAGGCCUGGGGUUGGAAGAGUUUCACCAUUAUCUACGACAGCAACGACGGCCUCGUGCGAUUGCAGGAACUUCUGAAAGCGCACGGACCCAGCGAAUUUCCCAUUACGGUCAGACAGCUGAGCGAGGGAUCGGAGUAUCGGCCAUUGCUGAAACAGAUCAAGAAUUCCGCAGAGUCGCACAUCGUUCUGGACUGCUCCACCGAGAGGAUCUACGACGUGUUGAAGCAGGCGCAGCAGAUUGGGAUGAUGAGCGACUAUCAUAGUUACCUUAUCACCUCUCUGGACUUGCAUACCGUCGACUUAGAAGAAUUCAGGCACGGCGGGACCAAUAUCACUGCCUUCCGAUUAGUGGACCCAGAGAAGCAGGAAAUCCAGAAGGUAAUCCAGGACUGGAUCUACGGCGAGAAACGCUACAAUCGCGAGCUCGAUAUGGGGCAGAACAACAACAAGAAUAAUUUCACCACUAUAAAGACUGAAACAUCUUUGCUCUACGACGCCGUCCAUCUAUUCGCCAAGGCGUUACACGAUCUCGACACAUCCCAGCAGAUCGAUAUCAAGCCGUUAUCCUGUGAACAAACCGACACCUGGCCUCACGGAUACUCGCUCAUUAACUACAUGAAGAUCGUGGAAAUGACGGGACUCACGGGUAUUAUCAAGUUCGACCAUCAGGGCUUCCGCUCCGAUUUCGUCUUAGACAUCAUCGAGCUGAAUAGCAAAGAGGGCUUGAAGAAAAUCGGUACCUGGAACAGCACCAAGGGUAUCAACUUCACGAGAAGCUACGGCGACGUUUACACUCAAAUCGUUGAAAACUUGCAGAAUAAGACUUUCAUCGUGACGACUAUAUUGAGCGCACCGUACUGCAUGCGGAAGGACUCGAGCGAGAAGCUCAGCGGAAACUCGCAAUUCGAGGGCUACAGCAUCGACUUGAUUUACGAGAUAUCGCGGCUACUUGGAUUCAAUUAUACGUUUCGGCUCGUGCCGGACGGACGUUACGGCUCGUACAACAAGCAAACGAAGGAAUGGGACGGCAUGAUGAAGGAGCUGCUCGAUCAGAAGGCCGAUCUAGCGAUCGCCGAUCUCACCAUCACUUACGACCGGGAACAGGCUGUAGACUUCACGAUGCCGUUCAUGCCUUUAGGGAUUAGCAUACUUUACCGCAAACCCAUAAAGCAACCGCCGAAUUUGUUCUCCUUCCUCAGCCCUCUUAGUCUCGACGUUUGGAUCUACAUGGCGACAGCUUAUCUCGGGGUCUCCGUGCUCCUCUUUAUACUAGCCAGAUUUACGCCGUACGAAUGGUACAACCCGCAUCCGUGCAACAAAAAUCCGGAUCGCCUGGAGAAUCGCUUCAAGCUCCUUAACUGCUUAUGGUUCACCAUUGGCUCCCUAAUGCGGCAGGGUUGUGAUAUUCUGCCCAAGUUCAGCCCCUACGAGUGGGAGAACCCCCAUCCGUGCAACGGGCAGUCUGAAGUCCUCGAGAACGAGUUCACCCUGCUGAACUCGCUCUGGUUCACCAUAGGCUCGCUCAUGCAGCAAGGCUCCGAUAUAGCACCGAAGGCGGUGUCGACUCGCAUGGUUGCCGGAAUGUGGUGGUUCUUCACGCUAAUCAUGAUCUCCUCUUACACGGCCAAUCUGGCGGCUUUCCUCACCGUCGAGAGAAUGGAUUCCCCGAUUGAAAGUGCCGAAGACCUCGCCAAACAGACGAAAAUCAAAUACGGCGCGCUCAAGGGUGGCAGCACGGCGGCCUUCUUCAGGGAUUCCAAUUUCUCGACGUACCAACGCAUGUGGUCCUUCAUGGAUUCGGCGAAGCCGACGGUAUUUACGUCGAGCAACGUCGAGGGUGUGGAUCGUGUGAUCAAGGGGAAAGGCAGUUACGCAUUCCUGAUGGAAUCCACCUCCAUCGAAUACGUAAUCGAGAGGAACUGCGACCUUACUCAAGUCGGCGGUCUUUUGGACUCCAAGGGAUACGGUAUAGCCAUGCCACCAAACUCGCCGUACAGGACGGCCAUAAGCGGGGCCAUCCUUAAACUCCAGGAGGAAGGGAAGCUUCACAUGCUGAAGACGCGCUGGUGGAAGGAGAAGCGGGGCGGCGGAGCCUGCAGGGAUGACACCUCGAAAAGCAGCUCGGCGGCGAACGAGCUCGGCCUGGCGAACGUCGGCGGUGUCUUCGUGGUGCUGAUGGGCGGCAUGGGCGUCGCCUGCGUGAUCGCGGUCUGCGAGUUCGUGUGGAAGAGCCGAAAAGUAGCCAUCGAGGAGCGGAAGUCCGUGUGCUCGGAAAUGGCGAGCGAAUUGCAAUACGCUUUGGACUGCGGCAACGGAAAUAAAAAGCCGUCGAGGGAGGCGCUUUGUCGACGUCAGAGGCAACAUUCGAGUCUGUCGAUCGUCUCGGAGGAGGCCAAGUACGCGGCGUGCAACAAGUACAGGCACUUCGUCGGAAAAGCACCGUUGACGUGGCCGUAUGUUGCAGCGGGACUCUUCGAUAAUGAAGAUGAAGCAAUCCAACGGACGUUUACAUCGGCAGUGAGAGCGGUGAAUAAAGACAGACAUGAGAAGAGGGAGGAGCUCCCGAACGUGUAUUUAAUGCAAGAAAUGCCUAAGUUUGAAACAGACCCAUUCGACGUGGAAUUAAAAGUAUGCAAAAUGCUAAACGAUGAAGUCGUCGGGAUUUUCGGGCCUCAAGAAAAAGUAAUAUCGGAGCACGUGCAAAGCAUAUGCGAUACGAUGGAAGUACCGCACAUCUCCGUGCGACAGGAUUCUAGUGCAUCACCCCAGCCGCGCGGAUUAACCCUGAAUCUAUAUCCGCAUGUGAGCUCGUUAUCACAAGUAUAUGAUCAACUUGUCACAGAAUUCAAAUGGAAAUCCUUUGCAAUACUGUACGAGGACACUGACAGUCUAAUUCGCAUGCAUCUUCUGCUGAAGCGAUGGGACGCCCAAGGCAACUUCAUUUUCGUGUACCAUUUGGGCUACGGACCAAACUACAGACAAGCGAUGCAAGAAAUAAAGAAAUCGGAAAUAGAAAACCUGAUCAUCGAUUGCUCAUAUAAAAUACUCGACAAGGUGCUGAAACAAGCCCAACAAGUUGGCCUACUGUCCGACAAGCACAAAGUGAUCGUGACUUCCCUGGACUUGCAAACCUUGGAUUUAGAGCCAUAUCAGUAUUCUGGCGUCAACUUCACUGGCUUGCGCUUGAUUGACCCCGAAGAUCCAAUAGUGCAACAAACUGUGAACAAGCACAAGAACGAAUGGGGCCUGGAUGAUCCUUCAGAGCUACGUGUUGAACCAGCGCUCAUGUAUGACGCGGUGCAACUGUUCGCGAGGGCUUUCAAGCAAUUGAAGGACGCCACCAGAGGUGACGUUAAGAAAUUGCCAUGCGAUGGUAGUGAGAGAUGGGAACACGGACUGAGUUUGAGCAAUUUCAUGCGCUCGACUGAAACGAGAGGAAUAACGGGUCUUGUCAAAUUUGAUAGAGAUGGUUUCCGCAGCAACAUACAACUGGAUAUUGUGCGUUUAACCGAAAAUGGCAUGAUGAAGAUCGGAGUAUGGAAUAGUUCGCUCAGGAACAUCGAUUGGAUACCAGACAUCAAUGUGAAAAAGACAGAUGUUGAACUCACUUUGCAGAAUCAAACAUUCAUAGUCUUAAUAUCUUUGACGCCUCCUUAUGGCAUGCAAACGGAAUCAUGGACGACAUUGAGCGGCAACGAGCGUUACGAAGGUUUCGGAAUAGACAUUAUCGACCACAUCAGUAAAAUACUCGGAUUCAAUUAUACAUUGCAAGUAGAAUCUAAUUAUGGAUCGUACAACGAAAAAAUUGGAAAGUGGUCCGGUAUGCUCGGAAAAAUUAUAGCUGACGAAGCACAUUUGGCCAUCACGGAUUUAACGAUUACGGCAGUACGGGAAAGUGCCGUGGAUUUCACGAUGCCGUUUAUGAAUUUAGGUAUAAGUAUAUUAUACCGAAAACCAACCAAAGCGGCUCCGAGUUUGUUCUCAUUUUUAUCGCCAUUUUCAAAUGAUGUUUGGAUCUAUUUGAUUGGAGCUUAUAUGAUAGUGUCUCUGUUACUCUUUGUGAUUGGAAGAUUGAGUCCAAAAGAAUGGAACAACCCUUAUCCUUGCAUUGAAGAAGCAGAAGAAUUGUCGAAUCAAUUUACAAUGAAGAAUGCAUUUUGGUUCGCGAUUGGCAGCAUUAUGCAACAAGGAAGUGAGAUAGCACCAAUAGGCAUAUCUACAAGGAUGAUGGCGGCAUCUUGGUGGUUUUUUUGUCUCAUAAUUGUGUCUAGCUAUACUGCAAAUCUAGCAGCAUUUUUAACUGUGGAAACUAUAACAUCGCCUUUCGAUAACGUUGAGGAAUUAGCAAGGAAAAAGACAAUAAAAUAUGGUACAAAACGCGAUGGAGCUACGUUUAAUUUCUUCAAAGAAAGCAAUCACUCAACGUAUAGAGAGAUGUACGAGUACAUGAUGGCAAAUGCAGAUGAAGUGCUACAAAAAGAAAAUUAUGAUGGCGUGGAAAAAGUUAAGAAAGAAGAAAACUACGCUUUUCUGAUGGAGUCUAGCUCGAUCGAAUACAAUAUAGAGCGAGAAUGCAACGUCUCGCAAAUCGGCGGUUUACUUGACGAAAAAGGAUACGGAAUAGCUAUGAAAAAGGAUUCACCGUAUCGAAACUUGUUAAAUACUGCCAUCUUGAAGUUGUCUGAGAGCGGUAUUAUCACGGAAUUGAAAAAAAAGUGGUGGACGCAAAAAAGAGGCGGUGGCAAGUGUAGGGAAAAUGGCGGAACUAGCUCAGUAAAAGAUCUAGAUCUAGAGAAUGUGGGGGGUGUAUUUUUGGUGUUGAUGGUAGGCGUUGCUCUAUCCUGCAUUUUUACGAUUUUCGAAUUUCUUUGGGAAAUUGCUCGGAUAUCCAUUCGAGAAAACGUACCCUUCAAGCAAGAAUUGAUAAACGAACUGAAAUUCGUUGCAAAAUGCCGCAGCUCUAAAUCAGCACGAAGAAGAAACGGUUUGUCCAGCAAAAGCGGCGACGAUAGUACAAAAGGCUGCACCCCUCCGUACAAUUUUGUACCGACAGUAAUAACAACAGCACCAACUGACGAUAAAUAAUUCAUGGAGAAUAAGUUUCGGAUAAUAACAAAACUAUCGUUGACAUAAGAUUGGUUUAGUUUAACAAUGUUUCCUGGUAAAACUUUGGAUUAACAUAGAUUACAUCAUCUAUGACUCUUAAGAAACGAACAAUUGGAAGAUAGAUAAUUUUUUUCACAAAAAUAAUAUUAUUUUCAAUCUCAUGCUCUUUCACUUCCUGCAUUAUUAUUAAUCGCCAAUUAAUGAUAAAACAAUUAAUGGCAUAAAAGAUGAGUAAUAUUAGCAAGCUUUAAGUUUAAUCACAAAUACAAAUAGGAACAGCAUUUUAUCUAAUGUUACUAGGUGAGUUUUACUAGGUGAGUUUGUCUGUAUAUGUUUUACACACACACACAUACACACUUGCUUCUAAAAUAAAUAUACAU